AUGGAUUUGUGCGACACGGCGGGACGAGCAGAGUUUGACACCUUGAGGCCUUUAAGCUACGCGGAAGCCGAUGUGUUUCUGCUAUGUUUUAACAUUUCCGACCCUAGUUCUUUAGCUUCUGUAACAGAACAUUGGCUGCCAGAGUUGAGAACUGUUUCGCCGCAUGUUCCAGGUUUAUAUUUUAAAAUUUACCUUUUAUUUAAAAAUGUAUUUAGUAAUUAUUUAAGUGUAUUAUAUAAGCAUACACAGGCUGUAAAAAUGGUACUAUAAAAAUUACAAUUAUAAUUUUAGUGAUACUUGUUGGCACACAAAAUGACAUUCGAAUGGGAUUUCAAAAAGAGAAGUUGUUGGUUGAUGGAAAACGGGUAAAACGUUUAGCAGAUCAAUUGGAUGUAAGUUUGAUAACAUUUCCGAAGUGAGAGAUAAUUUAAAAUUAUAUAAAUUACAAAAAAAAUAUUUUUUAAAAUUAAAAAAGAUAAAACCAUCAUUUUCAGCUUGAUUACAUUGAAUGUUCAGCUUUAACUCAACGGAAUCUGAAAGAAGUUUUUGACCUGGCUAUUUUGAAUGCUAUAAAGUCAGCCACCCGACAUCGGCAAAUCCCUGAAAAAAAAGAAAAGACACCCAGCCUUAAGGACAGUUUCAGAAGAUUGGUAUCGAUGACCAAGAGGUUUUUAUAA